AGAUAGUAAUUCAUUAUGGCUCUGAAAGCGAGACGCAGUGUUUGCCAAUUUUGUCUGCAUCAGCAAGCUGUUGCCGUGUUUAAAACCAUUCCCCUCAACAGAAGAUGUUCCACUAACAGCUCAUAUGGAGAAGAGGUUACUGAAGAUGUGGAUGUUCGGAAAUUACUCAAAGACUCGCGAAUAACUGUACGGACACCUUUAGAGGCUGAUGAUGUUAACCUAGACGUACACAGUGGCGAAUUCAAAACAUCAAUAUCGGCAAAAGCGGUUCUUAAUUUGAACAAACCACCCAAAAGUAAAAACAGAUUCGACUUGAGUCAGAAGAGUGCGUUCAUGUUUGGAGGCGACAGUUUACACAUGGACAGUGUAUUUGUGGAUCGCCUGUCUGCAGACCCCUCUGUGGGGGAGGUGUUCGAGGAAGCCUCUUCUCUGUUGGGAUAUAAUGUGCUCGAUAUCUGCCUUAAUGGCAAUUCUGACUUGUGGAACUCGUUAAAUUACUCUGAUGUUGUUACUUUUGUAACAUCAAUGGCUGAAAUUGCCUGGAUUAAGAAGCAUAGACCAUUAGUCCAUGACGGUCUUAUCAUGACCUGUGGUAUUGGGGUGGGGGAGAUAAGCGCAUUGGUGGCGGCAGGUGCACUUGGCAUGCCACAGGCUCUCAAGUUGGUCAAAGACAGACGUGAUGCCUUGCAACAAGCGGUUCGUUUGAGUGAAAGUGGUUUAGCAGUGGUGUAUGGGAGCAAGAAAACCAAAUUUGCAGCGCUAUGUGAACAUCUGAAAUCUUUUGGCGAGUUGGGUGGGAUAGAAGAACCUGUAUGUAAUGUGGCUAUACAUUUGUUCGCGUGUACCAAGGUCAUAGGUGGUCACAUGCAGUGUCUAAAACAUCUGGAGGCCCUGCAAAAAGAGUAUAAUAUAAGGAAGAUUGUGCCUCUGAAAUCAGCGAUCGCUCUCCAUACUCCCUUGAUGAAAGCUGCUUCUGAGCAGUUUGCUGUAGCUUUGAACGAUGUUGUUUUCAAUGACCCUAAAACGUGGACCGCUUCAGUAUAUUCAGGAGUGACUGGAGCAAGAUAUCAAAGAGAUGACUUUGUAAAGAAGAACUCAUAUGCUGCCAAAAUGAUGCUACUGAAACAGUUAACAUCGCCUGUGAAAUGGGAGACGAUAGCCAACAGGUUUUCUCAAAGAGGCAGAAAUGACGAAUAUCCGAACUAUUAUGAAAUCGGAAGUGGUGCUUUGAUAAAAGAAAGCUUCAGGCAGAUAAAUGCAAAGGCAUAUACGAGAUGUAGAAAAUUGAAAUCUUUCAUUGAAUUUGUCGAAAGAAGAGAAAUUUAAAAUUUUGAUCAUUU